AUGAGAUUGAGAAGGAUUCUGAGAGAGAUUUUAGGGGAAGAUAUGGGGGAAUCAGAGGAGACUGGGGCCUCUGAGGAGGAGAUUUCUCAUCAGGCUGUCACUUUCUUUACUAAAUUGUACAAGUCUAAAAACCAUACCCUUGAUGAAGAGUUAUUUGGGGUCAUUCCUGAGCUUGUUGGACCAACUGACAACGAGAAUUUGACUAUGGCUGCCACCUUAAUUGAAGUUAAAUAG